AUGACGACUCCCACUAUCGCGCCCGUGGCGCUGUCUUUCGGCAGCACAGGUGGUGUCAGUAGCGUCGGUGCGCCCCCCGCGAAGACUACCGGGGGCAUCGCCGGCAGGGACGGGCGGGCACCCCUCGACGAGACCACGAUGGUCGCCCUCGCUGACGAUAUCGGCGCCCGGGAGGAGAAACUCGGGGAGACUCGGGGCGCCGUGCGGAGGGAAACGUUGGAGCAGCUGCGCCAGCUGGAGAAGGAUAUCGAGGAGGAUGCCUGGAUGUACGCGAAACCCAGGCACAGCGAGCCUUGA